UACCAUCAACCCUUGGAAGACAAUACCAAAAUAAAAGUAUAAACACAUACGGACAUCUAGGUAAACCGUAUAGCGUUUCUGGGUGGAGAUAAAAGCCAUGACAGGACCUAGCUUCCUCUCAGGAUCAGCAGGACAGUCUCCCACAGGAUGAUGACCAAUGGAAAGGAGUGUGAGGAGGCUCGUCGUUCCAGCAGCCAUUUUAGGGCACCGGCUGGUAGAAGCCAUCGCUUGCCUAGCCUCGCCCUUUCCUGCGGGGGCACAGUGAGAGAGAGGGGCCGUAACCGUGGAUGGAUCCUCUCUGGUGUCAUCUCCGUCAACAUUCUGAUCUUAGGAUGUGCUCUGGUCAGUGCCAGUGCCUUCAACAGCACAGCCAUCAGUAGCAUUGAGCUGCAGAUCUUCCUCUGCAUCCUGGUCAUCUGUACUACAAUCUGGAUGCUGUACUAUACAAUCUACACAUCCAGAGGAGAUCGUGCUGUUCUCUAUAAGGAUAGUCAUGCCGGGCCGGUUUGGCUGAGGGGUGGACUGGUGCUUUUUGGAAUCUGCAGUCUUAUAAUGGACAUUUUUAAGAUUGCCAACUAUGUAGGCUAUCUUCAUUGUGACUCUGCUGUCAAGAUCAUCUUUCCUGUUGUGCAGGCUUUAUUCAUACUUGUCCAGACAUACUUCCUGUGGCUCCAUGCCAAAGAUUGUGUCCAGCUACAAAGGAACAUAACACGUUGUGGGCUGGUGUUGACCCUUUCUACCAACCUAGUGCUGUGGAUGUCAGCAGUCACUGAAGAGUCCCUCCAUCAAACUAUUGUCCCCGACGACACUAACACCACAGCACCUCCCCCUCACCGCCUGUACAGAGCCCGGGGCAAUGAAGAUGUGAACUGUAAGUGCAGUCAUUCUGCCUGUGCCAUCUUUGAAUCAGCCACCUACUACUUGUACCCCUUCAACAUUGAGUACAGUCUGUUUGCCUCUGCUAUGGCCUACGUCAUGUGGAAGAAUGUGGGCCGUAUGUUGGACGAGCACAGCCCCCACGAGCACCGCUUCCACCUCAAAGACGUGUGUCUGGGACCCGCGGCAGGCAUGGUGCUGUUGGUGGUAGGCCUGGCAACGUUCGUAGUGUACGAGGUGGAUGUGGCGAAAGAGGACCAAGGGAAGAGAGACAUGGCGCUGAUGAUGCACUACCUGAUGAACCUGGUGGCCGUGAGCCUCAUGUCCAUCUGUUCUACGGUCGGCUGCGUCAUCUACAGGCUGGACGAGAGGGACCACGUGUCAGGAAAGAACCCCACACGCAGCCUCGACGUGGUGCUGCUGGUGGGGGCCUCCAUGGGCCAGUUCACCAUCAACUACUUCACCAUUGUGGCUGUGGUAGCGUCUGGUGCUGCUGACUACAUAAAUAUCCUGAAUCUGGUCACCUCAAUACUGACUGUGAUCCAGCUCGGCCUCCAGAAUUGCUUCAUCAUUGAGGGUCUCCACCGCGAGCCAUUUGGGGAGACCCACUCUGCGAUUGCGUUCUUGAAUGCGCAUGUUUUGCAGUCCCAUACAGAGAUGAGCAACCCCUACAGCACAGACAUGGAGACCAAGUCUAGACGAGUCUCCACAACCCACAGUCUGGAUGUCCAUGCCGCUCCACCACAGAAUACGCUUACCUGGAAGAGAAGGGCCCUAAAGGAAGUCUGUGCCUUUCUACUGCUGGGCAAUGCUAUUCUCUGGAUCAUGCCGGCAUUUGGUGCUCGUCCCCAGUUUGACAACACAAUUGGGACUGAGUUCUACAAGUUCACCCUAUGGGCUGCUGUUGUGAAUAUUGGACUCCCCUUUGGAAUAUUUUACAGAAUGCACUCAGUUGCCAGUCUCUUUGAAGUAUUCCUGCUCUCCUAAACUUGGCUCACGUGUGAACAAGUGCUCUUACCCUUUUGCUAUUGACCCGCUUACUAUCUGUAAUCUUUGGUUUUACAUUUUUCCAUAAACAUGUUAAACUAAAUAAAGUGAUGUCAUCAUAUUCUAUUUGUAAACCAAGAUAAAAUGUUUGGACUGGUCAGGAUAUUGUGGGAUUCAGGACUUGGCUACAACCUGUAUAUAUCUACUGUAAUCGUGCUGAGAUAUUUUUAUUGUUACUAAAUUACACGUAUUCUUAUUUUGAUUUACAUUCAGUGAUGCAUUAAAAAAUCAUGAUUUAGGCCCACAGCAUGUUGGUUUGAUGUGGUUCUUCACUAGGUCGAAAGAGUCGCUACUUUGUGAGCAUUAUCUCACCCAAGUCUUUGUUCCCAUCCACUACAA